AUGCUGGGCCUCGAUGCAGCACCCGACUCAGCGGAGGAGCACUACCUGGACUUUUCGGCUUUCCCCAGUGUCAGGGAGCUCCUGGUUGCCAGUGACCAGUAUGCGCGUCACAGUGGCUGCCGCUUCCGAAGAGCUUCUUUCGAGGAUCCGGAGGAAGGCUCUGACCCAGAGCUGAAGGCAGCGAAGGCGCAGGCUGCCCCGGUUGUGAAGGAGUUUCUGACCAAACUGGAAGGGUCGCCAGACCAGGUGCUGAUGAAAGAUUUCAACGAAGCCUUCAAUAUCUUGUGGACCGAAAGCAUGCGCAGCUCCAUGGUGGCCAGGUGCCACCAGCUCGAUCUCUGGCCACCAACCCCGGCGCCAGUUGGCAUCACGGAUGACGAUGUUGACUAUGAAGCGGACACUACGUGCCUUUUCGCGCUUGCUCAGCGAUUGUACAACCACGACUCUCGGCACAAUGCCUCCACCAAAAGGCGAUUGUCCACGGCUUCCUUCCUUGCCGACUUCGCCUACGAAGCCGGCAUUCCAACACCGGACUUCUUCAAGAGCAGGAGUCCCGUUCUGGACAAGUUCGAAAAGAUGGCGGAUGAGUACGAGGAGCAGUUGUUCUCGCCAGCGACACGUCGCACUCACAAGUGGUGGCUACCAUGGAAUUUGCAACCUGGCUGUCAAUCGCGGGUUCGAAGUCGAGCAAGGUGCACAGAGGCUUUCGCCCAGGUAGGCUUUCUUCCUGAGCUAGUUAGAGGUGCUUUGCACCGCUCCCCCCCUUAA